GCUGGUUUUCUUCAAAUGUCAACCACAAUAAUUAUUCCAUUCAGUUCCUUAGAUCUUUUUGCUUCAUAUAUAAGGCCCGAUCAUCCUCACAGUCAGUAUCAGUUUCAGUUUCGAAAAGAUCUUAACAAAAGCACCAUGUUCAAAUUCGUCGUACUCGCUGUCCUCGUUGGCUUAGCUGCCGCCCAACGUCCAACCCAAUACAGCAGCCCCGAAGCUGCCGCCGAAGUCCGCAGCUUCAGCAGUGAUGUCAGCCCCGAUGGUUCAUACCGUUACUCCUUCGAAACCUCAAACGGAAUUGCUGCCCAAGAACAAGGUGUAGGUGGUGUCCAAGCUGCCGGAGCCGCUUCCCACACUUCCCCUGAAGGUGUCCCAAUUGCCCUUACCUACACUGCUGACGAAAACGGAUUCCACCCAGAAGGUGCUCAUCUUCCAGUCCCACCACCAGUCCCAGAAUACGUUGGACGUGCUUUGGCCUGGAUCGCCGCUCACCCACAAAAGGAAGAAUACGUUGCCAAACCCCUUCGUUUCUAAGUGAACUGAAUUCUGUACCUUUUAAUGUUGUUAAAUAAACUGCUGUAAUAUAUCACUAAAAAAAUA